AUGGAUUCGUCAACUGCGGAAUCGUCGCACGAACCGUCUGCGACGGAUACCCCACCAACAGAUGCAACAACUUUGGCACAGGCGACACCUGCACCGGAUUCGGCUUCACCAGAUACGCCUGCACCAGAUAAGCCUGCACCAGAGCAUGCGGAGCCUGUAACGGGCUCUGCACUCGCAUCCGCCACCACGGUACAGUCUGACCAAUCGCCGGUUGCUGCAGGCGGUACACCAGUGACGUCAGACGCGUCCAUAUCCACGUCAGCAGGAGACGCAAGCGGUCCCAUUUCUGCUGGCUCCGACAUUCAGCCUGCUCCUUCUGACGUGGCUCCGUCUGUUGGGUCCCACGGUGAUCCUGCCACGUCGUCUGGCCCUGCUGCAGCCGCCACGUCAACUGAGUCUGCGCUUGAUCCUGCCACGUCAUCCGGGCCUACUGCAACGAGUAGCCGCAGCGAAGGCGGAUCGGAAGGGAGCGGAAGCAAGGCAAGCGGGGAAAGGGGCGGAGCGGAGAGAGGGGGAAGGGGGAGAGGUAGGGAACCUACUAGGACGGGCAGCAGCAGCGGCGGCAGAGGCGGCAGCGGCGGCAGCGGCGGCAGGUCCGCGAAGCCAUCGUCUGACGCGGCAAGGCGGUACACCACUGAGGCAUCUGUUCCGCCGCCAUCGCUACUAGAGCAGGCGCAGGCGUUACCAGGUUACUCGCUCUUCUCCAAGGGCCUGCAGUCGCUUCGCUCGUCCCUCGCCAGCCCGUCGCCUGACUCUUCGUCAAGCCCUGCGACAGGGAGAACAGGUGGAGGUGGGGGAGUUGGUCGCGCAUCAGGGGGGGCAGCAGGGCUGGGCGGGCUGGUGGGGGUAGCGCCAGUGGACGGCGCAGCAGUGCGCGAGUCCGCCAAGGAGGUGCUAAAAAGCGCGGAGAAGCUGCAGGAGAACGCGCGCGCUGCCCUGGGGUCUGACGCAGGAGAGGGUGCAAAGGGAGGAGGAGCAAAGGAGGAAGAAGGAGAGAACGGGGCAGAGGCAGAAACACGAGUGGAGGGGCGGACGGCGGGAGAUGCAGAAUCGAAGGAAGUGGAGGAAGAGAAGGGGAAGGAGGAAGAAGGGGCGGCCGGGAAGGAAGGGGGGUCUGAAAAGGCGGAGAAUGGGGGGGAGGAGGCAGAGGAAGCUGGGGACGUUGAUGGGGGGGAUGACUUGGUGGCGGAGAUCCUAGAGUGGGCGGCGACUGCAGGGGAGGACGCGGAUGAGGACACAGAAGCAGCGUUUGCUGCUGUCAUGGAUGCGCUGGGUAGUGAGGGCGAGGAGGAGGAGGAUGGGGAGGAGGGCAAGGGUGGUAGUGGCAGUAGUGGUGAUGCUGGUGCUGGUGCUGAUGGUGCUGGUGCUGGUGCUGGUGAUGGUGCUGGUGAUGGUGCUGGUGGUGAUGCUGGUGGUGAGAUAGGCGAAGAGGCAGGGACAGAUGGAGGAGGAGGAGGCGGCAGGCUGACCUCCGCUGACAAGGGCAAAGCGAUUGCCACUGAAGAGGAUGACUCAGGGGCGACUAAGGAGUUGGUGGAGGAAGGGAGGAAGGAGAUAGUUGAAGGGACGAUGGAGUGGGUGGAAGAGGGGAAGAAAGGGAUUGAAAGCGGUACAAAGGUGUUGCAGGACGGUUCGAAGGUUAUUCAGGAUAGGACGAAAGGGCUGGUGGAGAGGUCGCAGAGUGCGGCGAAGGCGAUUCAGACACAGGCGAAGCACCUGGCGUCGCACAACAAGAGGCGGUUUCAGCAGGGCGGGUUUGACCUGGAUAUGACGUACAUCACUGCUGGGGUCAUCACCAUGGGGUUCCCUGCUGGCGGCGAUGCGAAUGCCGGCAUCAUGAGCAUGGUGGAGGGCCUGUAUCGCAACCAUGUGACGGAUGUGCUUCACUUCCUCGAGACUUACCACAAGGGUCGCUACAUGAUCAUCAAUCUGUGCGCAGAACCCCUUUAUCAAUACGACCCGUCAGUAUUCCACGGGCGUGUGGGGGCGUUCCCCAUUGCCGAGGGGCAGGAGAAAGCCGAUUGUGGGACGGGCGAGCGAGGGGAGGGUUGGGCGGGAGGGAGAGGGAAGACAGGUGAGGGGAAGGAGAAGGAAGAGGGUGAGGGGGAGGGUAAGGAGGAGGAGAAGGAGGGGUUGAAGCAGGGGGGAGAGGAGGAAGGGAAGGGUAGGGAGGAGGAGCAGAGAGGGGGUGGGAAAGAGCUUGGGGAAGGGUCAGGAGGGGAAGAGGGGGAGGGAAAGCUGGAGGAUGUGGGAAAGCAGGAAGGAGAGGAAACGGGAAAAGGGAAGGAAAUGGUGGGAGGUGCUACAGGAGAGGAUGUUGCUAAGGCUGAGGAAGGGAGCGCCAAAGCAUCAUCCACAGCAGCCAGUGCUCACGAGGGCAGCUUCAGCAGCAAUAGUGCGGUGGAUGAAAGCCGUUCGGAGCAGCAUGAGAACAGCCCUAUAGAGUGGAGUGAUCGCAUGCUGGUGAUUCACUCCAAGGAGGGACUGGGCCGCACAGGCCUCAUGACCUCCUCGCUGCUUCUCUUCCUCAAUUACUACGCAACUGCAGACGAGGCGAUCAACUAUUUCAAUGCCAAGCGAUGCACCGAUGGGAAGGCCCUUGUGCUGCCCAGCCAAAAGCGCUAUGUGAAGUAUUUUGAAGAGAUUCUCAGGGUUAGGCACGGAAUUAUCCCUCCACCCCGCAAGUGUCACAUCCGUGGCCUUCGCAUUCAUCGCUGCCCCUACUGGGUGCGACCUGCCAUUGUUGUCUCCGACCAGUCAGGUGUUCUUUUUAACUCCCGCAAGCAUCCAAAGACAAAAGACUUCAUGCCGGAUGACAUGUGGCACCAGUCGACACAGAGGGAGGGCGUGGUGGUAUUCGCCCUGCCUGGCAAGCGUGGCAUAGCUCCCGUGGAGGGUGACUUCUGCCUCAAAUUCAUCGACCGCAAUGGAGAUUUCUACUGCUGGCUCAACACAGGCAUGAUUCCCAACCGCCUUGUCAUCCCAUGUGAAGAAUUCGACAACUUUGACAAGCGCCGUCUCCCAUCGCCCGGGCUGCAAGUGGAGGUCAUUCUGCUCGACCACGACGCCCCCCUGCCGCAACCCAAGAGGAAAACCGCCUCUGCUGCUGCUGCCACCUCGUCGGUUUCUGGUUCUUCUGCAGUAGGGAAGGGAGGAGCGACAGAUGCCAAGGGGAAAGACAAGGCUUCUGCUGCUACAAGUGCUGCGCCUGCAGCGACCAAGGCCUCCUCAGGGUUCUCCCUCGCAGCUUCCUUCCAGAGCUUCAUGAUGGGAGCGACAGCCUUACUGACAAUUGAGGUGCAUGUAAAGCUCCCUUUCCCUCCCUUCUCCUCUCUUCUCCUCCCUUCCACCUUUCUCUCCCCCACACCCCCAGCCUCAUCAGGGCUCUCCCUUGCAGCUUCCUUCCACAGCUUCAUCAUGGGAGCAGCAGCUAUACUGAUGUUUGUGGCGUAA